AUGGUACAACACCGUCUGGUCUCAGGUCUCCCAGAGUCGCUUGCCCCGCUUCCCCGUGCACUCCUUGCGUCGAGGGUCGGCAGCGCGCUGCCCCUUACUCCUCCUCGUUCCCCCCCCACCACGGCUCCCUUCCAAACCCUGCACAUGAACAUCUGGGGCCCCUCCCCGGUCCUUGGCCCACGUCAGGAGCGCUACUUCCUGAUUGUGGUGGACGAUUACUCCCGCUACACCACGGUUUUCCCCUUGCGACGGAAGGCCGACGCGCCUAUCCGUCCAGUCCCUAUCGUGUCUGGGGGUGUGGGAGGUGCAUUUGCGGUGGGUGAUGGUACUAGGGCUACUGGAGCUGGUGGUGCCCGCUCUGGGGGUGUAGGGGGUGUGAGUGUGGAGGCCCCACCUGUGGAGGACACGGCUGCCUCGAGUCGGCGGCCUUGCCCCGCCUCACCCCCUGGAUUCCCGUCAGUUCUGCAGUUCCCCCCUCGUUCUCCUCUGCGGCCGGUCGCUGCGGAGUCUGGGCUGGAGGCGCGGGCACCUCGUCGCCUACACCGCGCAUUGUACGUUUCCUGA